AUGACAGAGCAGGAACACGAAGUCUACCGUCACGCCGACGCUGAUGGACACUUUCGGCGUAAAGCUUCGGUCUUUCGCUCGUCCGUGUCCAGUGAUCCCGCGGCUGAAUUCCCUGCCGAAAAAGACCGCUACGUCUUGUACUUGGGGUACGGCUGUCCAUGGGCGCAUCGGACUAACAUCGUUCGAUCACUCAAAGGUCUCGAGGAGAUAAUCCAGCUAGUGGUUUUGGAUCCUGAGCUGGGGCCUGAUGGGUGGUUCUUCUCAGGUCGGUGGGGUUCGGCAGAGAAGGAUCCUCUGUAUGGGUUCACGCAACUGAGACAGCUUUAUUUCAAAGCAAAUCCGGCGUACGAAGGGCGAUACACCAUCCCGGUACUGUGGGACAAGAAGAAAGGAACAAUCGUGAAUAAUGAGAGCAGCGAGAUUAUUCGGAUGUUCUAUACCGAAUUUGACCAUCUGCUUCCAGAUGAGUUGCGUGAAAUCAACAGGCCGGGUGGAGGAUUUUACCCUCAGCCUUUGAGAAAAGAUAUUGAUGAGAUGAAUGAUUGGGUGUACCAUCAGAUCAACAAUGGGGUAUACAAGACGGGGUUCGCAACAACACAGGAAGCCUACAAGGAGAAUAUCUAUCCGUUGUUCGAGGCGCUAGAUCGUAUCGAAAACCACCUAGCGCAGCCAGGACACCAGCCAUAUCUGUUCGGCGAAAACAUAACCGAGGCCGAUAUUCGCCUGUACACAACCAUUGCCCGGUUCGACGUGGCGUACUAUCUGAUCUUUAAAUGUAACCUCAAGAUGAUACGACAUGAUUAUCCACGAAUCCAUGAUUGGUAUCGUCGGUUGUACUUUGACGAGUCCAAGCGGACGCGGGGGGGUGCCUUUAAGAAGACAACAUAUUUUGACAUUGCAAUUGGCAAACGGACAGGCAGCUCGCAGUUGAUCAUCCCUGCUGGUCCGUCACCAGAUAUCUUGCCACUGGAGGAUCAGUAG